UCUGGAGACAUCUAGAGAGAGGAAGCUUCCUUCUCUCUCUCCCCUCUUUUCUAGGUUCAAUGGGCAAAGUUAGCAUAAGCAAGCCAACACCGCAAAGCAAAAAACCAGUAGAGAGUAGAGAGAGAGAGAGCUAGUAGAAAAACCCUAGAGAAAACAUCUGGGUUGGAAGCUUCUGGAUCCGUGAAGAGUUUCCAUAGUUCAAUUUCUGCAGAAUUUGUCGACUCUUCCUUAGAUUUCUUAUGUCUACAGAUUGAUCCCUUCCUUGUGGUGCUUCGUGGUGUCGGCGAUCUGAUCGGUUCGAAUUAGGGUUUCGGUCGGUUGUAGUUCUUAGAAGCUAUAUGGCGGGAUAUCUGCCGAUGAAGAUGAAGCGUAAGGACUUGGAGGAAGUAUACGAUGAGUUCUCUGAUUUUUCUCUGUCUUCUCCCGCGAGAAAGAUCAGGAGGCUGGAUGCAGAGUUGCCACCGAUCAUGGAAGAAGAAGAAGCCCCAGAGAUUGCUAUGGGUUUUGAGCAGAUAGUGAGCGAACAACCCGAUAUCACUCGACAGCAACUAGGAGCUGUGACGACGGAGGCAGUUCCCUCUGUUCCUCUGAAUGAAGAAAGGGCUCUCGUACUUUACAACCCAGCUAACACACCCAUGUUGAAAACUCCCAGUUCACCCGGCUUUUCUAUCACCGUGAAUUCCGAUUUGAUUCCUGGUUUGAAAGAUCAUAUUUUCUGGUCCAACCAUACAAAAUCAGUAAAAACUACAGAGGAUGAAGCAGCAUCCGCAGACAAAAACAAAUCAGUGACAAAUGAUAGCUUAGCAGUUGUUCCCUGGGUUCCAUAUCAGCAUCCUACAUUCUCUGGAACGGAGGUGCCAGCACCGGGACUGUCAGAGAUGAUGGAAGCAGAAGGAGAUGCUACAAUGAUGGAAAUUGAAGAUGAGGAUGGAGGGCAAGCGUGGGGGACUGAUGCAAUUGUAGGAGGAGGCGAAAGUUUACAACAAUGGCAGCAACAACACUGUAUGACACCAGAAUUCCCACAAAACACAUCAACUCCUGUUAUGUGGUAGUGGUAGUAAGUUUUGUAUGUACUGACUAGGGAGCUUAUAAUAUCAGUGUUUUUGGCUCUGUAAUACCUUUUUUGCUCCCAACUGGGAGCUAAGCAGAUAGAAGAGGAAGGUGAGAGAUAACAGGGGAGAAAUUGGAUGAGAAGGAACCAAGAAUGGCACAAUGCCCUUGUUAGAUUUUUGUUGCCGUGAUCUCAUUCAUAAAGUCGUUUAGUGAAUGUUGAUAUUGUAUCCGGCCUCUUCAGGCAGCUUUUUGUAAAAAAAGAAAAAAGAAAAAUAGGUAUAAAAAGGUUUUACUCCUAACUUUCUUAUCA